AUGUCGUACGUUGACGGACACGCGACGUACGACAGCUGGAGACCCUCACACAACCUGGCCUUGAUCUACCAGUCACAUGGCAUCGCCGCCCACGUUACCUUUAAAGGCGGCGUGUAUGAACACAUGACUUCACCGCUAACUAAUUGGAACAUGUCGAAAAUGCACGCCACUGACCUCGUCCUCGGCAGAGUCCCUAAGUCUAAUUUAUUCUACCGUCGCAGCUCACACACAACCGUCAAACUUUCCCGCCAGAACACAGUAAAUGUUCUGCUUAGUCCUGGAGUCUUGAGGUGGGACAGUGCAACACGAUGGUGCCUGACGGGUGCCAGCCGUGCUCAGGGUGGCAGGAGGAGUUACCUACAAGAGGAGUCACCAACAAGAGGGAGUCACCAGCAAGAGGGAGUCACCAGCAAGAGGAGUCACCAGCAAGAGGGAGUCACCAGCAAGAGGGAGUCACCAGCAAAAGGAGUCACCAGCAAGAGGGAGUCACCAACAAGAGGAGUCACCAACAAAAGGGAGUCACCAACAAGAGGGAGUCACCAGCAAGAGGGAGUCACCAACAAAAGGAGUCACCAACAAGAGGAGUCACCAACAAAAGGAGUCACCAGCAAGAGGGAGUCACCAGCAAAGGGAGUCACCAACAAGAGGGAGUCACCAGCAAAGGGAGUCACCAACAAAGGAGUCACCAAAGGAGGGAGUCACCAAAGAGGGAGUCACCAACAAAAGGAGUCACCAAAGGGAGUCACCAACAAAGGGAGUCACCAACAAGAGGGCGUCACCAACAAGAGGGAGUCACCAACAACAAGGGAGUCACCAACAAAAGGGAGUCACCAGCAAAGGGGAGUCACCAACAAGAGGGAGUCACCAGCAAAAGGAGUCACCAACAAAAGGGAGUCACCAACAAAGGGAGUCACCAGCAAGAGGGUCACCAACAAGAGGAGUCACCAGCAAAGGGAGUCACCAGCAAGAGGGAGUCACCAACAAGAGGAGUCAACAGGGUCACCAGAGGGUCACCAGCAAGAGGAGUCACCAACAAAGGAGUCACCAACAAGAGGGAGUCACCAACAAAGGAGUCACCAGCAAGAGGGAGUCACCAGCAAAAGGAGUCACCAACAAGAGAGUCACCAGCAAAAGGAGUCACCAACAAAAGGGAGUCACCAGCAAGAGGGAGUCACCAACAAGAGGAGUCACCAGCAAGAGGGAGUCACCAAAAGGAGUCACCAACAAAAGGGAGUCACCAACAAGAGGAGUCACCAGCAAGAGGGAGUCACCAACGAGCACAACAAGAGGGAGUCACCAACAAAAGGGAGUCACCAGCAAGAGGGAAGUCACCAGCAAGAGGGGAGUCACCAGCAGAGGAGUCACCAACAAAAGGAGUCACCAGCAGAGGAGUCACCAACAAAAGGAGUCACCAAAAGGGAGUCACCAGCAAGAGGGAGUCACCAACAGAGGGAGUCACCAGCAGAGGGAGUCACCAGCAAGGAGUCACCAGCAAGAGGAGUCACCAACAAAAAGGGAGUCACCAACAAAAGGGAGUCACCAACAAGAGGAGUCACCGCAAGAGGGAGUCACCAACAAAAGGAGUCACCAGCAAGAGGGAGUCACCAACAAGAGGAGUCACCAAAGGGCACCACAAAGGGAGUCACAACAGGGGAGUCACCAACAAAGAGGGGAGUCACCAGCAAAAGGAGUCACCAACAAAAGGGAGUCACCAAGAGGAGUCAACAAGAGGGAGUCACCAGCAAGGAGUCACCAGCAAGAGGGAGUCACCAGCAAGAGGAGUCACCAGCAAGAGGGAGUCACCAACAAAAGGGGGAGUCACCAGCAAGAGGGAGUCACCACAAGAGGGAGUCACCAGCAAAGGAGUCACCAACAAAAGGAGUCACCAGCAAGAGGGAGUCACCAACAAGAGGGAGUCACCAGCAAAAGGGGUCACCAGCAAGAGGGAGUCACCAGCAAGAGGGAGUCACCAGCAAGAGGGAGUCACCAACAGGAGAGUCACCAGCAAGAGGAGUCACCAACAAAAGGGAGUCACCAGCGAGGGAGUCACCAACAAAAGGGGAGUCACCAGCAAGAGGGAGUCACCAACAAGAGGGUGUCACCAGCAAAAAGGGAGUCACCAGCAAGAGAGGGAGUCACCAGCAAGAGGGAGUCACCAGCAAGAGGAGUCACCAACAAAGAGGGAGGAGUCACCAACAAAGGGAGCACCAACAAAAGGAGUCACCAGCAAGAGGAGUCACCAACAAGAGGGAGUCACCAGCAAGAGGGAGUCACCAGCAAAGGGAGUCAUACCAGCAAGAGGGAGUCACCAACAAAAGGGGAGUCACCAACAAAGGAGUCACCAACAAGAGGAGUCACCAGCAAGAGGGAGUCACCAACAAAGGGAGUCACCAGCAAGAGAGUCACCAACAAGAGGGAGUCACCAACAAGAGGAGUCACCAGCAAAAGGGAGCACCAGCAAGAGGGAGUCACCAACAAAAGGGAGUCACCAACAAGAGGGAGUCACCAACAAAAGGAGUCACCAGCAAGAGGAGUCACCAGCAAAAGGAGUCACCACAAAGAGGGAGUCACCAACAAGAGGGAAGUCACGAGGGAGUCACCAGCAAGAGGGAGUCACCAACAAAAGGGAGUCACCAGCAGAGGAGUCACCAGCAAGAGGAGUCACCAGCAAAAGGAGUCACAACAGAGGGAGUCACCAACAAGAGGGAGUCACCAACAAAAGGAGUCACCAGCAAGAGGAGUCACCAGCAAGAGGGAGUCACCAGCAAGCAAGAGGGAGUCACCAACAAGAGGGAGUCACCAACAAGAGGAGUCACCAACAAGAGGGAGUCACCAGCAAGAGGGAGUCACCAGCAAGAGGGAGUCACCAGCAAGAGGAGUCACCAACAAGAGGAGUCACCAACAAAAGGGAGUCACCAGCAAGAGGAGUCACCAACAAGAGGAAUCACCAGCAAGAGGGAGUCACCAACAAGAGGGAGUCACCAACAAAAGGAGUCACCAGCAAGAGGAGUCACCAACAAAAGGAGUCACCAGCAAAGGGAGUCACCAGCAGAGGAGUCACCAGCAAGAGGAGUCACCAACAAGAGGGAGUCACCAACAAGAGGGGAGUCACCAACAAGAGGGAGUCACCAGCAAGAGGGAGUCACCAGCAAGAGGGAGUCACCAGCAAGAGGGAGUCACCAGCAAGAGGGAGUCACCAACAAGAGGGGAGUCACCAACAAGAGGGAGUCACCAGCAAGAGGGAGUCACCACAAGAGGGAGUCACCAGCAAGAGGGAGUCACCAGCAAGAGGGAGUCACCAGCAAGAGGGAGUCACCAACAAGAGGGAGUCACCAGCAAGAGGGAGUCACCAACAAGAGGGAGUCACCAGCAAAAGGGAGUCACCAACAAGAGGGAGUCACCAGCAAGAGGAGUCACCAUCAAAAGGAGUCACCAGCAAGAGGGAGUCACCAGAAAGGGAGUCACCAGCAAGAGGGAGUCACCAACAAGAGGAGUCACCAGCAAGAGGAGUCACCAACAAGAGGGAGUCAUCAACAAGAGGGAGUCACCAACAAGGAGGGAGUCACCAGCAAAGGGAGUCACCAACAAGAGGGAGUCACCAGCAAGAGAGUCACCAACAGGUAA